CUAAAUCGUAUUUAACAUUUCACCAUCUAAUAUAAAUGCUCCAAAGUAGAGAGUAUUGCUUUUCUAUGUGGCAAAUUGUAAUGUGAAAUGAAUAUCCAUGUUUUGUUCUUUCUCUGUUUCUUCAACCAUCACUCUCACUUGUUUGUUUUUUGAAUCCUUUCUCUAGAACUCUAAGAUUAAUCUAGUGUUUGCUUUACUUUGGUGAGGUAUUAGAGCCAUAAAGGCAAUGCCAAUUAUCAAUAAAGAGGUGGAUUUCGCGUUCCAAACCGCAGGAUCACAACCUGGAUUAGAAGUUUGGUGUAUUGAAAACCAACUAUUGGUGGAAGUGACAAAGUCAAAUAUUGGAAAAUUCUAUACUGGAAGUGCAUACGUAGUUCUGAAUGCAGUAUUUCCCAAAAAUGGACCUCCUCAUUAUGACAUUCAUUAUUGGCUAGGAAAUGACUCAAAGAAGGUGGAUUCAAGCUUGGCAUCGGACAAGGCACUUGAGUUGGAUGUGGCGUUAGGAUCAUGCAGCGUUCAAUAUAGGGAAGUUCAAGGCCAAGAAUCACAGAAGUUUCUAUCAUACUUCAAGCCUUGUUUAAUACCUAUUGAAGGAGUGUUUACUUCAAAGCAAGGGAAUUUGAAUGGUGAAUACCGAGUUAGCCUUUACACAUGUAAGGGAGACUAUGUUGUCCAUGUGAAAGAGGUUCCUUUUCUGAGGUCAUCGUUAAAUCAUGAAAAUGUAUUCAUACUUGACACUGCACCAAAAAUCUUCCUCUUCAGCGGUUGCAACUCUACCAUUCAAGAAAGAGCCAAAGGUUUGGAGGUUGUUCAAUAUAUUAAGGAGAAUAAGCAUGGUGGAAAAUGCGAGGUGGCCACAAUAGAGGACGGAAAGUUCGUUGGUGAUUCUGAUGUGGGAGAAUUCUGGAGUUUAUUCGGUGGUUAUGCUCCGAUUCCUCGAGAAUUGCCUUCUAGUGAGGAAUCUGCGCUUCCAUCUAUAAAGCUAUUUUGGAUAAAUCUACAAGGAAAACUUUAUCCAAUUGGAAGCAAUGAAUUUAGCAAAGAAAUGCUUGAGACAGACAAGUGUUAUAUGUUAGACUGUGAUAAUGACAUUUUUGUAUGGAUGGGAAGGCAGACCUUAUUGACUGAACGAAGAACGGCGAUCAAAGCUUCAGAAGAUUUUGUCAGAAAUGAAGGCAGAUCAAACAAGACUCAUUUAACAUUUUUAUCAGAAGGAUUGGAAAGUACCGUCUUUCGAUCACACUUUACUAAUUGGCCUAAAACAAUGGAGCCUAGGCUUUACGAAGAAGGACGAGAAAAAGUUGCAGCCAUAUUCAAGCAUCAAGGUUAUGAAGUGAAAGAGCUUCCCGAUGAAGAGGAUGAUGAGCCAUCUAUAGAUUACAAUGGCACACUAAAAGUUUGGCGUGUGGAUGGUGACGAAUUGUCCAUUCUUUCAGUUAAAGAACACACCAGACUUUACAGUGGAGAUUGCUAUAUAGUACAGUAUACAUUUGCAGGAAAAGAAAGGGAUGGGACACUGUUUUAUGCAUGGCUUGGCUGCAAAUGUGUAAUGGAGGAUAAAACAGCUGCCAUUUCCCACAUCAAUACUAUGGUUGAUUCGUCCAGGACUAAUCCGGUUAUGGCUCAAAUUCACGAGGGCAAGGAGCCAGCUCAGUUUUUCUCAAUACUGCAGAGGUUAAUCAUAUUCAAGGGGGGAAACAGUUCAGGAUAUAAGAAGUUGAUAGAAGAAAAAGGUAUUGUGGAUGAAAAUCACAAUCAAAAGCUGGUAGCACUGUUUCGAGUUCAAGGUACUAGUCCGGAUAAUAUGCAGGCCAUCCAAGUUGAUCAAGUUUCAAGCUCCUUAAAUUCAUCCUAUUGUUAUAUUCUGCAAACUGAAGCAGCUAUGUAUAUUUGGAUUGGGAGCCUAUCUUCAGCAAGAGACCAUAAUCUUCUUGAUAGAAUGGUGGAACUGCUUAAUCCAACAUUGCUACCUGUAUCUGUGAGGGAAGGAAAUGAACCUGAUAUUUUCUGGGAUGUUCUUGGCGGAAAGGCUGAAUACCAAAAGGAGAAAGAGAUUCAAGGAUUCAUAGAUGAUCCACAUUUGUUUGCUUUAAAAAUAACCAAAGGAGACUUCAAGGUGAAAGAGAUAUACAAUUAUACACAGGAUGACUUAAUUACUGAAGAUGUUUUAUUGCUUGAUUGCCAAAGAGAGAUUUAUAUUUGGGUAGGCUUACAUUCGGUCGUCAAAUCGAAACAAGAAGCUCUCAACCUCGGUUUGAAAUUUUUGGAAAUGGAUGUCCUUGUUGAAGGCCUAUCCUUGGAAGUCCCUAUUUAUGUUGUAAUGGAAGGUUACGAGCCACCGUUUUUCACUCGUUUCUUUUCAUGGGAUCACUCAAAAACAAAUAUUAUUGGUAAUUCAUUUGAGAGAAAACUUGCAAUUCUGCAAGGAAAAGCAAAGGUUCUAGAAGGACAUAAUAGAAUCACAUUGAAAUCAAACUCCAGGGACUCUACCCCUAAUGGUUACAGAAGCAGUUCUAUUGACUCCAACAGCCGUCGAAGAAGUAGUUCACCUCUACCUAGAAGUGCAGGCUCAUACCAUAGGCAAUCAGGCAAUCUGUUUCUUUCAAGCCCUACUCCGGUCGCCAAGAAGUUCUUUGAAGGAUCUCCUGUCAAUAACAGUUCUGAACAAACUAUGCAACUGUCAACUGAUUCUCCAGCAACAGAACUGAGCUCCUCAAAUGAGACUAAGAAGGAUGGAAAUGUGGAUGGUGAGAAUUUAUUGAUAUACCCUUAUGAGCGCCUUCGAGUGGUUUCUCCGAAUCCAGUAACUGGCAUCAAUUUAACCAAAAGAGAGGCAUAUUUAUCUUAUGAAGAGUUCCACGAAAAAUUUGGAAUGGCAAAACCUGCCUUCUACAAACUCCCUAGAUGGAAACAAAACAAGCUGAAGAUGUCACUGGAUCUAUUUUAGAGGAUGGAGGACAAAUUUUCCUGUGUUUUAAUUGUGGCACUAUACUGCAACACUAUAUUAUAGCAUGAUACAAUUUUAGCUCGUGAGUGUAUUAUGCAUGUGUGAAUAGCUCACUACAUAUUUAUUCUUUAAUUUUGUUUCAUUAUGUACUAUUGUGAUGAUGCCUUUUGCGGCAUGCGUGUUCAAACUUGUUCUGUUUUUCCCUUA